ACUAAGAGAUAUUUUGGAAGGUCAAAAAUGCCAGGACACUAAGACCAGGGAAGGUUCAACCAGGGAAAGGGAUCCAAAUUCUUCAUCUCUUACUCUUGGUCUCUCUUUUCUUCACUCUCUGUUAUGGCUCCAAACAAAGUCAAUUCCUCGGGAAAUGCAAGUAUGUCAUGUUCUCAGCCUGAGAAUGGUUUUAUCAGUUCCUUUUCUCUCUUCCCUGAGAAAGCAGUGCAAGAACUUCUUCAAUCUCCAAUCCAGGGGUCAGAUGACCAUCUUGUAGAGUUCUCUGAAGCUUUAAGAACUGUUGCGAAGGCCCUCAGGCGAGUUGCUGAAGGAAAAGCUUCUGCUCAAGCUGAGGCUGCUGAAUGGAAACGUAAAUAUGAGUUGGAGAGAACACGGAAUCUACAGUUUGAAGAUAAAGAGAAAUCCUGCCUGGAGCAUCAGGCUGAUUUUGAUGAUAUGAGGAGAAAUAACCCUGUCAACCAACCUACAUUGUGUAAUGAAGCUAAUGAGCAGGCUGAAAGAUGUUGUUCAACGAAUGGUAUCUGCUCCCAUGAGGUUCUUAGGGAUGGGAAACCCGAUUUUAAUUCUAAGAUGAUCAGAAAGGCUUCAUUUAAACUUUCAUGGUACUGCAAAGGUGAGCAAAGUGAUCAGCACAAACAUGAUGUUGUCUCUUUUGAAAGAGGAAACAUAACCACUGCAGAGCGCAGUAGUAAGCAGAUCUCUUUGAAGUGGGAGUCAUGCCCACAGACGGUGCUCAUAUUGACCAAACCAAAUUCAGUUUCAGUUCAAAUUCUGUGUGCUGAAAUGAUAAGAUGGCUGAGGCAGCAAAAGAAAUUACACAUUUAUGUGGAACCACGUGUCAGGGUGGAACUUUUGACAGAGUCAUCAUACUUCAACUUUUUAGAAACUUGGAAUGAUGAUAAGGAAAUUUUGAUGCUGCACACUAAAGUUGACCUUGUGAUAACUCUUGGUGGAGAUGGCACUGUCCUAUGGGCAGCGUCUAUGUUCAAAGGGCCAGUGCCUCCUCUUGUGCCCUUUUCUUUGGGGUCUCUUGGCUUUAUGACCCCUUUCUAUAGUGAAAAUUACAAAGAAUGCCUUGAAUCAAUUUUGAAGGGCCCCAUUAGUAUCACCUUACGGCACCGUUUGCUAUGUCAUGUUAUACGAGAUGCAGCUAAAAAUGAAUAUGAAACUGAAGAACCAAUACUUGUUCUAAAUGAGGUUACUAUUGAUCGUGGAAUAUCAUCUUACCUCACAAAUUUGGAAUGCUACUGUGACAACUCCUUUGUCACAUGUGUGCAAGGGGAUGGAUUAAUCUUGUCCACAACAUCCGGCAGUACUGCAUAUUCGUUGGCGGCUGGAGGAUCAAUGGUCCAUCCUCAGGUUCCGGGUAUUUUGUUCACACCAAUUUGCCCACAUUCCCUAUCUUUUAGGCCAUUGAUAUUCCCUGAGCAUGUCACUUUACGGGUGCAAGUACCAUUCAAUAGCAGAAGUCCUGCAUGGGCUUCAUUUGAUGGCAAGGACAGGAAGCGAUUAGCACCGGGAGAUGCACUAGUUUGCAGCAUGGCACCCUGGCCUGUUCCUACAGCUUGUCUAGUUGAUUCUACUAAUGACUUCUUGCGCAGUAUUCAUGAGGGCCUCCAUUGGAAUUUGAGAAAGACACAGUCUUUUGAUGGCCCCCGGGAAUUAUGACUUCUCAUUAUCCUUCUUUUUUAGUAGGCCUUCAGGGACUACCUAGCAAUUAUAGUUGGUAAUUGACUUGUCAUUUCUUAUGAGAAAGAAUGGGGUGUUAUAGAAACUCUACUAGCAACUAAAAUUUAAUGUAGUUUUCUCCCUUAUAUGGUGAAUAGCUACUUGUAGUUAUAAUUUAUUACACAGCUAGUAUCCACUGAUGAUGAUGAAAAAUGUAAAGAUUGAGUCGUGAGAUUAUGUUAUUGUUGACAAGUACAUUGUAAGAACUGAAUACAUAUGUAGAAUCGAUAUAUUCUUAU